CUGCAGUUUUUAGUACUUCCACAUUGGACUCAUAUUUUUAGACCAGAGGUUUGCGCUUGGACACACACAGCCAGGUCAAGAAGAGACAUCAUUUAGAGAGACAUGAGAGGACAGCAGAGCCGGCUGAGUGACUGCGAGCGGAGCACACUGCAGGGCUGGGAAGAGUGAAGUUCAGAGGAACAGGUGGAUCACUGGCAUCAGCAACUUUUACACUUCAACAUAUAACCUCCAAAAGUGCCCGGACGCUCGAAUGCAUUUAUCACUGGAUACCAUGAGCAUGGUGGACGACAGCUGCCUCUCACCCAGCAACUUCCACGAGAUGGGGAAAGGUGGGGGCAUCGCUGCAGGGGGCCGCGUCCACAGCAUUGAUGUCAUCCUAGGUUUCAGCAAAGACCAGGACCCCCUGCUCAGCCCGGCCGGGGCCCCGCGGCCCCACAAGGUGGACAUAGAAGGCCUGGCAGAGCCUGGGAAGCAGCAAGAGCCCUCGUCACACCCGACGUACAGCGGGCACCUUUCCUCUCUGAGAAACGGGGGUACAGAGCAGCAGCAGUAUCACGAUACUGGCCUAUUCACAAACAAAUGUGACGAGGAGCUGAGUGAGCUGAGUGAGCUGAGGAAGAGUGUGGAGAGUGAUGAAGGCAAGUCACCUGAGUCUUGCAAAGACGAUCAGCCCAAGAAGAAGCACAGACGUAACCGCACCACCUUCACCACCUACCAGCUGCAUGAGCUGGAGCGUGCCUUUGAGAAGUCACACUACCCUGACGUGUACAGCCGCGAGGAGCUCGCCAUGAAGGUCAACCUGCCAGAAGUCCGAGUCCAGGUCUGGUUUCAAAACCGCCGAGCAAAGUGGCGUCGGCAGGAAAAAAUGGACGCCAGCACCAUGAAGAUCCGAGACUCGCCAAUGCUCUCCUUCAACCGCUCAACACCAGUUCACACCAGCAUGGGCCCGAUGUCCAACCCCCUCCCCCUGGACCCCUGGCUGUCCUCUCCCCUGUCCAGCGCCACUCCUGUCCACAGCAUCCCAGGCUUCAUGGGUCCGUCUCAAGGCCUCCAGCCGAGCUACCCCAGCCACAGCUUCCUCAACUCCAGCCCUCAUCCCCCUCACCCUCAUUCUCACCCACACUCUCAUCCUCACCCGUCCAUGAGUCAGGGAAUGCAGAGUAUGGCUCCUCCACCCUACCAGUGUCCUGCACCGUACCCUGAUAAAUAUCCACUGGAGGACGUGGACCAGCGCAGCUCAAGUAUUGCUGCGCUCAGAAUGAAAGCCAAGGAACACAUCCAGUCUAUGGACAAGACCUGGCAACCCAUGUGACCAAACAUGGCAUACGUGUGACUGACACUGGUAAAGAGAAAUGCUGAAGUUGUUUCCAGGGGUUCAGCCUAACAGACACUGACUCAAAUGCUGGAAAGUGAAAGUGACACUGACAUUACCCACAAAGCAAGGGACAUGGAUUUUCAAUGUUGAAAACUGAGGAUUUAAGGACUUUCUUUGGACAUUCUUUCUAUUUUUUUUCUCAUCUCAAGGACUAAAAACAAACAACUGAACUCUACAGCCUUGUUAAAUUCAAACCAGACAUCUGUUCUUCCUCCUGUCUCUGAGUGUUGUGUCCCGCCUUGGCUGCUGGGAAAUCAUAGAUCUUUUUGGUGGCCAUUGCUCUUGCACCACAGGAUCGAGGGAGUUUCUGUUCUGAUAGACCACUUUUCAAAACCAACUGCAGUAGACAAAUGCUUGGCUGUUGAUUCAUAUUCACAAACAGCUAUGUUGAUAUGCCCUUUGGAGAGCUCCUUUUGACAAGAAAAUCCCCUUUUCUUGAGUAUUUUUUUAUUAUUCUGACCACUUUUGUUUUUUCAUCAACCAUCAAAAAUUGAGUCAGAUAAAACACCUGCCUUUAAGCUGUCUGUUUUUCCUUUCCUUUCCGUUUUUCACUAAGUUUGUGUUUUUACUAAUUAAUCCAAUUGUCGCAUUUUUAUGGGUCAGCUGAUCCCUGAGAACUUUGUGAAUGAAAGUCCAGUCUGAGUUUAAUGCGGGAGCAACUUUUAAAAAAUCAAGGCGUAAAGACUGAGAGCAAUGUCUCUGACUCCACCUCACACUAAUCCUAUGAUUUAUAUAAACUGUUUAACUGGUUUUCAGCUAAUCUCCCAGUUUAUAUAUUUGAGCCUAUAGCAUAGAUACACUGGUUUGACUGGAAGACGAGGACAGCUGUGGACCUGUGAGGCCUGCUGCCAUUGGAAGAGGAACAUUUGUUAAUAAUGGGGUCAGAAACUGUAAAGGAAAUAAUAGUUUAUUGGGAAAGUUUAUUAGAAUCAGAGCUACAAUGGCACCUUUGAAAUGGACCACAGCUGAGAAUGAACCAAAAAUAAUUCUGCACAUUUUCCUGAUUCCUGAUUUGUGCUGAGAUGCUUUAAAUGAGGAAGGGAGGUAGGAAAGGAGGUAUAGAAGGAAGAAAGACAGGCUGGUGAGCAGAGUAACCCUCUUUUUGCUUGAGUGGCUAUUGGAGGAGAAGACCUGUUGGCAGCUCAGUGUUGGGUGACUGCGUGUACGUGCAGGGCAGCAGAAAGAGCCCUGUGUGAUGCAUCACCCCACAUAGUUUAGUCUUUGUUCGGCACAAUUGAUCCAAGUGUAUCCUCUUUGUCUGAAACUGAAGUGGGCUUGGGGGUGGAGGGGGGCACAGCACUAAAGUGCAGGCUGCACUAAAUAGGCCCUUGUAACCAUUUUGUCAUUGAAGUUUUUUUUGUUUUGUUUCAAUCAAAGGAGGAGAAACGUGUAGCUGCUACAGUCAUUAGUGACGCAGUAUCAGUCUUUUAGCAUCUGUUGUCUAGAGUCAGGCUCUGGUUGUGUUUUGAACUUAAAGCUACUGUGAGGAGUUUUUGACUGGUCAAUGAAAAAGAUUGAAAUUUCUACUGACACAUUUUGAGCUAAAAAACAAAACAAAAAGGGCAUUAGCAACAGAACUAAUUAUUUCUAUAUUACUACUUUUAACACCUGUAACUUAUGCCGCAGAGUAAGUGUCAAAGUGUUUACAGAAUGCUGCAGAGACAGCAACAUACUCAAAGUGAGUCAUACAUCUGACUAUUUAAAGAAAUUAGGAUAAUAUUUUUGUCAAGAAUUAUCACCUACAAAUUGUACAGGACAAAUCAGUGAAAAGAUAACAUACACAGGGGGCGCCAAAAUACAUUAACCAAAAGUCCCUCACAGGGGCUUUAAAGCCCCAGUGGGGAGUUUUUUAAUGGUUGUGAAACUGAUUGAAUUUUGAAGUGACACCCCUUUAUGACACACACAAGAAACAGGACUAUCAGCAAUGUUUUUUUUACAUCAAUUUCUGAUGCCCUAGAGAAACAGCCGGUUCUUACAUUUUCAACUACAAUAUUCACAACAAGUGAUAUAUUUUGCUUUUAAAGGAAAGGAUAUGAUUUUAUGUCAGAUCAAAGUGUCUUGGUGUGUGCAGGACAAAAUCAGUAAACAGAUAACAAGCACAUCUUUGUCUACAGGGGGCACCAAAAUCAUCACAAACUGAAAGUUCCUCACAGCAGUUUUAACCAUAGUGAUAAUAACAGCUGUACAGAUGAACUAAACUUAUAUUUCAUUUUGGGAUAAUUCAGUAAAAGCAAGCAGAAUGCAUCUCACGUUACUAGCUAUAGACAGACAAAAAGUUGUACUACUGUAUAACUCCACACUUUUUUGACUGUUAUGGAAAAGAGGGAGAGAAGUUCUUCAUCUUAAAGUGCAAUUUCAAAAAACAUUUAUUUUUUAUAUCUUCUUUGAAAAACGAUUGUUUUUCCCCGUUUCUGCCCCUUGUAUGGUUUUGAUAUUCCACUCAUAUAUGAGCUAAAAUUUGUGUUGUCGGUUGUCAACAUUAUGCAUCCACACUUUAACAAAAGCAGCAACAAUAUGAGGUCAUUUCUGGUUCAGUGUGAAGAUACUUCUCAUGCUUCUCAGAGUGUUAAAACCAGUUUAUACCUGCUGCUCGUCAUCUGUCCUCAUAUAGUUUUGUAAUGUUGUUGGUUAGUGAUGUUUAGCUUCUCUGUUGAACAAUGCCAGGACCUCACCUCACACCACAGAGGAAAUGAGGAUUACCUUUCACAUUAAGAGCUUCUUUAGAAUAUAACAUAAAUGUGAUUUGGGACCAAGAACAAGCCAAAGGUUAGAUAAAGGACAACAUGCACUAGAAGUUUAACAGUUUUAGUUGUUUUUUAUGUGAAAAUGUACAGGGUAUUUUUCUUGUAUGGCUGUUUUGUUUCUUACAUGUUCUAGUUAUAACUGUCCCUGAGUGUUUUCUUUCUUUUUUGACUCGUCUGGAUCAUUGAUGUCCAUGUUCUGAAAAAAAAAAAGAUUAAGACUUGCUGAAAAUAAAUAUAGUUUGAUAGAAUAUG